GGAUUCCCUUUGAUGGUGGGCUGCGCUGCCUGUGCUGGAAGAUACUCCUGAACUACCUCCCUUUAGAGAAAGCCUUAUGGAGCUCUUUGCUGAAGAAACAGAGGGAUCUGUAUUCCCAGUUCCUCAAGGAAAUGAUUAUCCAGCCUGGGAUUGCCAAAGCCAACCUGGGUGUUUCAAGGGAAGAUGUGACCUUAGAAGAUCAUCCCCUCAAUCCAAAUCCAGACAGCCGAUGGAAUACUUACUUCAAGGAUAACGAAGUGCUUCUCCAGAUAGACAAAGAUGUCAGGAGGCUGUACCCGGACAUGGCAUUCUUCCAGCGCCCAACAGACUACCCCUGCCUUUUAAUCCUGGACCCCCAGAAUGAGUUUGAGACACUGCGCAAGCGGGUGGAGCAGACAACACUCAAGUCGCAGACAGUGGCGCGGAACCGCAGCGGGGUCACAAAUGUGAGCUCCCCUCUUAAAACAACACCUAAUGCUCUGAGCGAGUACGAAGUUCUGCCCAACGGCUGUGAAGCUCACUGGGAAGUGGUGGAGAGAAUCCUCUUCAUCUAUGCCAAGCUGAACCCUGGGAUAGCAUAUGUGCAAGGGAUGAAUGAAAUCGUGGGGCCUCUCUACUACACCUUUGCUACAGAUCCUAAUAGUGAAUGGAAAGAACAUGCUGAAGCAGACACAUUUUUCUGCUUUACCAAUCUAAUGGCUGAAAUUCGGGACAAUUUCAUUAAGAGCUUGGAUGAUUCUCAGUGUGGUAUUACCUACAAAAUGGAGAAGGUCUACUCCACCCUGAAGGAAAAAGAUGUGGAGCUGUAUUUGAAACUGCAAGAACAGAACAUCAAACCCCAGUUCUUUGCCUUCCGCUGGCUGACCCUGCUCCUGUCCCAAGAGUUCCUGCUGCCAGAUGUCAUCCGCAUCUGGGACUCGCUCUUCGCCGACGACAAGCGCUUCGAUUUUCUUCUGCUCGUCUGUUGUGCCAUGUUGACACUAAUCCGGGAUCAGUUGCUGGAAGGAGACUUCACUCUGAACAUGAGGCUGCUACAGGAUUAUCCUAUCUCUGAUGUUCAUCUGAUUUUGAAGAAGGCAAAAGAACUUCAAGAUUCCAAAUAGUCCAUGAGCCUAACAAAAGGUGUCAGAAAAACUGUGUGGUAGCAGAUCCCAGGAGGUGCCCCCGUGCAGUGUGGAGCAUUAAAGCUCCCUGUGAUCUCUGCAGGACUUCAGGUUUCAUGUUUGGGCUACUGGCCAUCUUGAAGACUUCCUACUACUCUAUUUAUUAGGUCAAGGACUGAUUAAUUCCCCAUCUACUUGGGUC